UGUGGUUGGUCGGUUUUUCGGAGUUCUCAUGUUGUGCGCUUGGCUUCAAGGUGUGUGAAAAAACUCGUGAAAUUUAUUUUAGAUCCAAAUCAAAUCCGGUGACAUAAAAGAUUGAUUCAAAAUGUCGUCUAAAACAAAAAAGACUGUCUCGUCUUCGACAAACAUAAGUGUUGUGUCAUCUGUGCAAAGUCCUCAAUCUUCGAGCACCCCCGUGGGAAGCCGCCCUUCGAGUUCAGCCGGCCGGCCCAGCAGCCCGUUGAGUCCAACAAGACACACCCGGCUGCAGGAGAAGGAUGCGCUACAAAACCUGAACGACCGGCUGGCGGCCUACAUUGAUACUGUACGCCGCCUGGAGAGUGAAAACUCGGGGUUACGGCGGGAGAUCCAGACAACCCAGGAGGUGGUCACACGUGAAGUGUCCAACAUCAAGGGAAUGUACGAGCAUGAGCUGCAGGACGCCCGCAAGCUCCUGGACGACACGUCCCGCGAGAAGGCCAAGUUGGAAAUAGACUUGAAGAGGCUGUACGAGGAAAAUGACGACCUCAAGAGGAGACUGGACAAGAAGACGAAGGACUGCACGACGGCGGAGAACGCGGCGCGCCUGUACGAGUCGCGCGCCUCCGAGCUCACCAACAAGUACAACACCGCCGUCGCCGACCGGAAGAAGGCCGAGGAUGAGGCUAGGGACCUAGCCAAGGAGCUAGAAAAACUCCGGUCCAUGCUGGCCGAGACGCGCAAGACUCUAGAAGAGGAGAUGUUGUGCCGCAUCGAGAUGGAGAACACGGUGCAGAGCCUGCGCGAGGAGCUCGCCUUCAAGGACCAGGUGUUCCAGCAGGAGCUGCAGGAGACCAGGACUAGGCGGCAGGUCGAGAUCUCUGAGAUCGACGGGCGCCUGGCGCAGCAGUACGAGGCGAAGCUGCAGCAGAGCCUGCAGGAGCUGCGCGAGCAGCAGGAGGCCAACAUCAAGGCCAACCGCGACGAGAUCGAGGCGCUCUAUGAGAACAAGAUGAAGAACCUGCAGUCGGCGGCGACGCGCAACAACAGCGCGGCGACCGUGGCCGUGGAGGAGCUGCGCACCAUGCGCACGCGCAUCGACUCGCUCAACGCCACGCUCAACGACCUGGAGAACAAGAACGCCGCGCUCAGCAACCGUUGCCGCGAGCUCGAGCGCCAACUCGAGACCGAGCGGGCUCGCCACGCCGAGGACCUGGCGUCGCUGGAGCAGGAGCUGGCGCGGCUCAGGGACGAGAUGGCGGCGCAACUGAGGGAGUAUGCCACGCUGAUGGACAUCAAGUGCUCGCUAGAUCAUGAGAUAGCUACGUACAGGACGCUGUUGGAGGGAGAGGAGGACAGGUUGAACCUGACAUCCCAAUCCCCCGGGCGCGAGUCCCGCGCCUCGGCCUCCGGACGCGGCACCCCGGGCCGCCGCUCCACGCCGCUGCGAGCCGCCCGCAAACGUACCCUACUGGAUGAGAGCGAGGAGCGCAGCCUGCAGGACUUCAGCGUGACGGCCAGCGCCAAGGGCGACCUCGAGGUGGCCGAGGCGUGCCCCGAUGGCAAGUUCGUCAAGAUCCGGAACAAGGGGAAGAAGGAGCAGAGCCUCGGCGGCUACCAGAUAGUACGCAAGGCGGGUGACCAGGAAACCGUCUUCAAGUUCCACCGCACGGUGAAGCUGGAGCCGGGCGCGGUGGCCACGGUGUGGUCGGCUGAUGUGGGCGCGGACCACGAGCCGCCGCAUUCCCUGGUCAUGAAGGGACAGAAGUGGUUCGUCGCGGAUAACAUUAGCACCGCGCUGCUGAAUACUGAUGGCGAGGAGGUGGCGGUGUCGGAGCGACAGCGGCGACAGCUCAGCACCAGCGCGCAGCGGCACCGCGAGCUCGCGCACAAGUACCCAAGGCGCGAACAGCUGGGCGAGAUCCGUGAGGGCGACGAGAACUGCCGCAUCAUGUAGAGCCUCCCCCCCGCUCCCCGCCCCGCGCAGACUUCCCACCACUCGGUGCCGCUCCGGCCGCCGACAGAACCCUCCUACUCACAUUCAGGGGUCGCUGACACCAACAAACCUUCAGCCGCCAUCUUAGUUCAUGACAGUUGACACUCGACACUAGCGCCAUCUGUCAAGUACCAAAAACAUAAAUAUUGCAUGUCAGCGGCAACUGCAUCCGCGUACAAUGGUUCUGUAGGUGACCCAAGAGCCAUUAUCAAAAAGCACUGCCCUACUUUCUCCUAAAAAUCACCUCAAACAAAAUUAAAUUCGCCUUAUACCGUUCCUUUAUUAUCAAGAAGCUUUAUCUACAUUCACACAGAUUUGUCUUCUCUAGGUGUAUUCUGCAUUUGUAUUGCUUUUAAAUAAUAAAGGAACAAGCCUUGUGUGAACUAGUACAAAAUCGUUAUCGUUCACUUUAUAUCAUUACAACAUAGGUAAGUAUAGAAUUACAAUUUCUUUUUAAAAAUCAGCGAUGAUGUUUUGUAUUUUAAGAAAGAUAGUUUUUGUUUAGAUUUAAUAAAUUCUAAUGAUUUAUAAUUAACAAUCAGGGGAAAUACAAGAGUCAUAGUGUGCUAGUCUAGCGUAUUUUGUAUUGUGUCGAAUUUAUAUCGAUUACCAUGAGACUGUUGUAUCUUCCCGAAAAUUUUAAUGAUUCUCUUACAUUCUUUUCGGCCUACAAAUUCUACAUUAAGUUGAGUUCAUUAGAAGAAUAUAUUUUGGAAGAUGGAUUUUAUAGUAUUUGUGUAGUGAUUCUUUGAUGAAUUUGAAUUUAAUGUUUAAAAUCUCAGAUUUACAAUAAUAAUUGGUUUCGCUAACCGUGACGCUUUAUUUACGAUGUAUACCGAUUCAAGGAAUCACUGCACGUCUAGCCUUAUAGGGUUGGCGUUCGUAUUAGAAUAAUAUUGAUUGUGGAGUCCACACGGAGCCUGUAGAUGCAAUCUACAACUUAACAGUAAUAUGUUAGUUGCACUGAACUAGCUAAUCAUUUAUGUCUUAGAGUAAGAGCUGACAUUAUACUAAUUGUCUCUUAGGAUAAGGUUUGCAAAAUAUUUACAUCCUGAAAUAUAUUAUAUUUGUUUCAAGAAAUAAAACAGGUGCAAGUCUCAAAUAGAGUCCUAUGUCAGAUGCAUUUAAUACGUUGUGAAGUUAAUCGACAUGUUUUAGCUAAAAUAGAACAUUGAUCCGUUUUUUUAUCAGAGGGUUGAAUCUAAUUUGUGUUCCGGGUUUGAUUUUAAGUUAAUACCAUAAGCCUGGUAGCUAAUAAUAAUUAUCAAUCAUGAGACUUUUUACGUUGGACCCAAAACAUUUUUCAUUUGUAAAAACUGAAAUAAAGUAUAUUUAAGUUUAAAAAA